AUGACGUCUCACAUUGUGUGCGUGUGUUUCAUCAUUGGCUCAAGUUCGCCACCAUCGGUUGUGCGGGUGCCCACUGUAAGUGAGCUGAGAUCAUACCGCUUGAACCUGAUCAGGUUAGGACCUGCGCAGGGAACAACCACAAGACCUCUCAUUCCUCUCGCUGUCUCGCUUGCGCGUAGUUGCCCCACCAUGGCUCUUCGUUCCGCGGUUGCCACCGCCGUUGCGUCGGUCAUCGCCGCGCCAGCCGCCGUCCUUGGGACCGCGGCGCCUCAGUGCAAGCCUUUCCACGAGAUCUAUGCCAGCGGGAAAGAGCUGUGCGAGAAUAUGUGGAACGACGCCUUCGUCUACGAAGAGGACGAGUCCAACGCAUACACCAUGUGGUUCUGGGACGCCGAAAACCCCAACGAUGCGGUCUCUGAGAGUCUUGGCCUCCUGACAGGCGACCACGAAGUGUGCCACCUGGAUUAUUUCCACAAAGACACUCCGGGGCCCGAGCCCGAUGGCUUUACCGAGUGCCACCCUUGGAAGGAGAACGCCUGUUGCAGCCAUGCCACCGUCUUAAGCGCCACGAAGCUCAAAGAGUCCUACGGCCCAGAGUACCACUGGGACCGCUGCGGCCCGCUGAGCCCCGAGUGUGAGCGCUUCUUCGUUCAGGAGGCGUGCUUCUACGAGUGCGACCCGAACGCUGGCCUCUUCAGAAAGUGGGAUACUGAUACCUACGACCCCAGAUGCGAUGCCUACGCGGAAGAGUAUGACGAGGCCUACGCGACGGCCCAGGGUUGUGACCACAACACGUGGCAGAUGCACCAGAUGCCGAUCAAGGCUUCCUAUUGCGACGCGUGGCUCACGGCGUGCGCAAACGACAUGUUCUGCGCGGCAGACGAUGGGGACUACUUCACCUGCGCGAGGCAGUACGAGGCUUACGACGACAGUGCGGCCGAGAUCGCUCGCUUGACGGCAGAGUUGGAGGAGAGCUCGGGGCUGGAUGCCAGCAUCAUCGCUGUCAUCGCUGUGCUGGGCGUCCUUGCCGUUCUCGGUGCGUGCGGCACGUGUUUGCUGAUCCGCCACGAGAAGAAGGGGAAGCCCGUGUUCGGCAAGCUGCAGGAACAGGGCGUGCCCGAAAGCAGUGGCACGACCAUCGGGAACUCGGCGUAA